AUGGAUCAACCUGCUGGCUUCCAUGACCCUAAUCAUCCAACACAUGUUUGCCUUUUGGAUAAGGCCCUUUACGGUCUUAAGCAAUCCCCACGCGCGUGGUACAUGAAACUUAGCUCCUUUUUAUUGUCCUGGGGUUUUUUCAAUAGGGCCACCGAUUCCUCUAUGUUUACUUAUCAUCACUCCACUACCACUCUUGUAUUAUUGGUGUAUGUAGAUGACAUAAUUCUCACUGGCAGCAACUCCUCUGUUUUGAACUCUCUUCUUACUUCUCUACACAUUGAGUUUGGUAUCAAAGACCUUGGCAAGUUGCAUUAUUUUCUUGAUGACAUAAUUCUCACUGACAACAACUCCUUUGCUUUGAACUCUCUUCUUACUACUCAACACACUGAGUUUGCUAUCAAAGACCUUGGUCUUCACUUAAAUCAGUAUAAUUAUAUUCAAUACCUUUUACAUCGUGUUGAAAUGUUAGAUGCCAAACCGUUUCAUACACCAAUGUCUUCACCUACUGCUUUAUCAGCUUCUUCCGGCACUCCUCUUGCUGAUGGUUCUACUUAUCGAAGCCUGGUUGGUGCACUCCAAUAUUGUACUAUGACUCAUCAUGAUAUUGCAUUCGUUGUGAACCAUGUUUGUCAAUAUAUGCACUCUCCAACAGAUACUCUUUGGCAAGCUGUCAAGCGCACUCUCCGUUACCUUAAAGGUACUCCCCAUUUUGGUCUGUCUUUGCAACCUUGUUCUGAUUACAAUCUUCUUUGCUAUACGGAUGUUGAUUGGGCUUCUUGUCCAAAUGAUCGACAGAGUACAAGCGCUUAUUGUGUCUUUCUUGGCACUAAUUUGGUAUCUUGGUCAUCUUCCAAGCAAAAGGUUGUUUCUCACUCUAGUAUGGAAUUUGAAUUUCGCGCUCUUGCCACUGGUCUCACCGAAUUAUCAUGGCUUGAAUUUCUUCUUCAUGACCUAAAAAUGCAUUCUAAUGCUCCUCAUAUUUUUCUUUGUGACAAUAUCUCUGCUACAUAUCUUACUGUCAACCUCGUGCUCCACUCUAGAACAAAUCAUGUUGACAUAGACUUUCAUUUUAUUCGUGAACGUGUCACUUACAAGUCUCUCAUUGUUCGACAUACUCCUACUGAAGAAAAAUUAGCAGAUUGUCUCACCAAAGCUUUGCCUUACACUCACUUUCUCCAGCUUCGAUCCAAACUCACGGUGCUCUCUCGCCCCAUGAGUUUGUCGAGGAAUGAUAAAGGAUAA